AUGGCAAGGACACAGCCAAGGAGAGCGGCGUCCAACCGCUUCGGCAGCGAAGGUUCACCACUCACAUCAGACGAAGAAGCAGAAGAGCAAACCAGCGGAUCUCGCCCGAAGCGCACAGCCGCCCGCAAGAGCCUAACCACAGCAAAGGCACUCGCGACCAACCGCCGCCGCUCGCGAGCCGAGGAGCAAGAUGAGGACGGUGAAGAUGGCGCAAUGGACGUCGACGAGACAGAGAGCGUCGACUCCUUUGACUCUGGAAGUGAGAAGGACAUGGACGAGACCGAUGACUACAUUGCGCCAGGAGGCAAGAGUGCUAAAGGCAAGAAACCCAGGAUAGCCAAGAGCAAGCCUUCAAAGACGAGCAAGAUCGCAGCAGCAGCCGGCGGCGGCACAACGACGGCUGUCAAGGCCAGGACAGCCUCCACCUCUCUCGCUAAGAAGAGCAAGAGUACAGCCACUGUCAGGGGCGGCGCUAGGGUUGUGGCCAAUAAGGCAGAGCUCGAAAUCAAAAAUGACAUUCACCUCUUCAACGCACUCAAGAAUCCCGACGUUGCAGUACAAGGCGUCGUCGAUGACUGGGUAGUGGAAUAUCAGAGCGAGCCUGGGCCUGCUCUCGUGGAGCUCAUCAACUUCGUCAUCAGGUGCUGUGGCUGCAACAGUACAGUUGACGAGGCUGCAGUCAUGGACCUCGACAAUGUCGUCGAUGCUCUUGAACAGGUACAAGAGCAAUUCAAGCAGAGUCCGAAUCCCUCGUACCCCAUCGUGUCGCGCGCACCUGCCUUCAAGAAGUUCAAGAGCUCCCUCGCAGAAUUCUUCGAACGCCUGGUCAUGACAGCGUCAGACUCCGAGCUGCUCCUCACUGCUCCCAUCACUGCUCAAUCUUCGGAGCUCGUCGCUGAGCCACCCCUCAUCAAUGUCCUUAAGGAAUGGCUCUCUUCCUUCUCAUCCUCCACGUUUCGUUCCUUCCGCCACACAUCUACAUUCAUUGUGCUGAACAUCAUCAGAGCCACUGCCGGCCUGGUGAUCUCCAAGCGCCAGAAUGUCGAGAGUAUUCGCAAACAGCGCGAUGCCGAGAAGAAGAAGCCACGCGUCGACAAGAACAGAGUCAAAGCCCUCGAUGACAAGUGGAGAGAAGCAAAGGAAGAAGAUGCUACUCUCAUGGACGGCAUUCGAGACUUCAUUGACAGUGUUUAUCAACAUCGCUAUCGUGACGCGGACCCCUUCAUUCGAACAGACUGCGCGCAAGAGCUGGGCAGAUGGAUCAAGAAGCAGCCAGAGAUCUUCAUGAAAAACGAGUACACCCGCUACCUGGGCUGGUGUCUCAGCGACACAAGUGGAGCUGUCCGUGUUGCCGCUAUCCAAGCUCUUGCUCAGGUCUACUCUGAGUCCUCUUUCCCCGAUCCUCUGCGUCACUUCACUGAGCUCUUCAAAGCCCGCUUGGUACAGAUGGCGGUGUGCGACAUUGAGCUGCCUGUCAGAGCCGCCACCAUCGACGUCUUAGUCCAUAUCGAGCGUCGCGGGCUUCUGGAAGAUGAUCAGCGCGAUGAGAUUGGCCUGCACAUCUUCGACGUCGAGCCACGCAUCCGGCAAGAGAUCGCGCGCUUCUUGACAGGUCUCGUCGAAGAGGAGGUGCGGGACACCUGCACGGACAUCAUUGGACCAGCUCCAGCUGCCCGAGGUAAAGAUGCGAAAGCAAAAGAGGACAGAGCGAAAUGGGAGGCAGAGGUAGAGAAGUUGCGUCUGAAGAUCCUGGCGCAAAAGCUCGUCGAAUACGAGAGUACCCUUGACGACAGUAGUUCAGGAUCGGCAGAGAUAUCCCAACAAAAGCGCAGCCGUGCCGUGCCUCCUGCUGCAUUACAGUCGACGCUUCUGACCGAGCGUGGAGGACGUAUCUCACUAGCGGUGCAGGCUUUGUGGUCCUUCGAGAAAGACAAUGCACCCCUGUCCGGCUGGGCAAGUCUGCUUGAGAUGCUCUUGUACGAUCACUCGACGCAAGAGUCGGCAGCAAGCAAGAAAGGCCGGGGUGGCCGCAAAGGCCCGGGUGCCGCUGAUCCUGUCUCAGGUAUUGGAGCUGUCGUGGGAUACACUGGCAGCCAGCCCCCUAAUGAAGCUUACCGACUGGAACCAACGGAAGAGACCGUGCUUCUCGAGGCUCUGAUUGCCAUUGCUGACGAGUUCAGGCGCCUGGCACUUGCUGCAGCUACACUAGCCGCGGCUGCCAACAAGGGCGAUGACGAUGACAAUGUUCACCAGGAGAAGCUGGACGACUUCACACGCGCCCUCAUCCCUGCGCUCCCCAAGCUGUUUGCAAAGUAUCGCACGGAAUCCGCACGGGUUUCAGAGGUGCUGCUGCUCGUACCACAAUUGAACCUUCACCUGUACGCUGCCAGCGGCCAGGUGUCGGCCUUAGCACACCUCUGGGACGAAGUAUCCGGUCAGUUCUCACGCCAUUCGGAGGACAUCCUGCUCAAGCGCGGCGCAUCGGCCAUUCGGUCAUUAGUCAGCUUUGCACAAACGCAGAGCAGCCUGGAUGAGGUGACGACAACGAAGCUUGUUGCGCUGCAAGAGUCGCUGAUCAACGCUCUUCGGGAGCCUCUCAAGGGCAAAGAGGUAGCCACCUCCACUUUGGACGAGGACACCAUCUUCGCCUUGCAAGCUAAUUUGCAGCGACUUGCUGGACUCAGCAGUGCCACGGACUGCUCUGAGGUGAUUGAGGAUACCGAGAACGGCCAAGUCACCUCAGGUUGGGAGAUAUUACGAGAGGUAGCAUCUCGAGGCAAGCUCGGAUACGAGGGUGAGGAGGCUAUGGUUUCGAACUGCUUGCGAGUCAUCACCAUCCACCUGCUCUGGAAGCUGCGAGGACUCAUGGCGAGCAGUCUCACCACCGCAGAGGAGGAUCGUCAAGCCCUCGUCGAUGCGAUUCUGGCGCAGCGAACGGAAGCUUUGGAGCUGAUGGAAGAUCUCGUCACUGACCGCGCUGUCGUUCUGCGUGAAGUGAAGGUCUUGGCCGCCGCUCGUAUGCUACAGAUUUAUCUGGCAUUCCACGCAGCAGAGCAGAGCGGGACGGCUCGGAAUAAGACCAUCGAAGUGGAGCGCGAUCAGCAGCAAGAUGAAGCAGGUGAGCCGAGAGCUCACAGCGGCUUACUGUCACGGCUUCGCGUAUUCAUUCCCAGACCUGUGCAAGAAGGAUGCGUCAAAGUCGUUCUGGCCGAGCUAGACACCCAAAUCCAGCUAAGGCAAGAAGAGGACAGAGAGGCAAACGGAGCCAUGAAUCCCGACGACGAAAUCGAAGGCGACGAAGGCGACGACGACGAUGAAGAGCGACCUCAGAAGAGGAAAGACAUUGCCACUAAGAAGACGAAUGGCGCCCAACAAAGCGUGACCAGACUCCCUACGCAAGCACAACUCCAGCGAGAGGUGGAACUCAAUCAGCUGACUGCACCGCUGGUCUCUGCGAUGCGAUUCGGCCUUGUCGACAUCAAUUUGGCGGCGCCCGUCAUAGGAAAAUUUGGCAGAUUGGGACAGAUGUUCGACGUCCUGGUCAAACUGCUCAUCGAGGUUCUUCGAGAAGACGGUGUUCUUGCCAAUGAUGGCAAGAAUGCUGCUGAUGUAGUAUUCGACAGUCUGAGAGAGUCAUUCGAAAGCUAUCUCGUAGAAGGCACUGCGGAAGGAGAGGCCCGCUUCGUUUCACUCUCCCGAUCAAUCUCCUCUGCACUUGUCAUCCGAGGUGCGCACCUGGCCAUCUUGCGAGCCAUCGAUCCUCCCUCGCUUCUCCACCUACACAAGCGCGGCGCCGAGUACAUUGCUAAGAAGUGGAAAGCGGCCGAGCAGGCCAACAACAAGGCCGUCAAGGCUCGCGCACCAGCCUUCUGGAAGGGUCUGGGCAACCUGCUCAUCUCCGCCAGUGCUCGCGAUGCACACAAGAUCAAGUCGGCCAUGGAGCAAGCCAUCCUCGAUGCUGGAAUCGAAGUGCCGCCCGCGUCCAAAUCAUGGGAUCCGCAGAGGCAGUACGAGAAGAGAUUGGUUACACUAAUGGCUAAGCGGGCCGCGCCUUCUGCUCCCACGGCUGCUCGAGCUGCAGCUGCGGCGGGUGCCACGCCCAGGAAGAGCGGUGGUAGAGGCAGUGGCAGUGUGGGUGGAAGCGCUUCAAAGGCGCGUCGUACAGCCACCAAUGCAGACGACGAGAUAGACGACGAAGAGGAGGACUUUCCCAAUCGCGUGCUGCCCGUCGCCAGUACACCCGUGCAGCAGCAGCAGCAGAGGCCACGUGCUCGUCCUGCCGGGCUCCCUGGCUCUGCUCAAUCGAGUGCGGCGAAGCGGGGAAGGAAACGAACGGCUGCCGAUGCAGACGAAGACGAUGAAGAAGAGGAUGCUGGAGCGCAAGACGAGAGUGGCAGCCUCUCCUCUGCUCCUUCCUCACCUCGCAGUGUCGCAGAGGCCGAGGAGGAAGAGGAGGAGGAAGUGCGCGAUGAUGAGAGUUUGCCCGGAUCGAGGAAGAGGAGGAGGAGGAUGUGA